AUGGAUUUCAAUUACUUUGGCGACCGUCCACAAGAUGUUGUGCUUGAACAUAGACGACGUGUAAAUCACCAGAUUCAUGAGCGGCUUCGCAUCCGAGACGUGAAUGACCCUCUCAACCUUAGCAUUCCUGAAUUUGUAAAACUCUAUCGAAUGCCACCAGAUGAAGCAGUGGAACUGUGUAACAUAAUACGCCCAUUUGUACCUAGGCAUACUAGCCCUCAGCAGGUGCCUUUGUUCAGAAAGCUUUUGAUUGCACUUUCUUUCUAUGGAAUGGGUUCCUACCAGCGUAUGAUGGGGAGGUCAAUUGACUGUGCUGUUGGUCAAACUACUGUUAGCAGGUCGAUUAAGGAAAUAACAAAUGCUUUAAACCAUCCUCAAAUACUGAAUCGUUUCAUUAGAUUUCCCCUUACAAGAGAGGAAAGAAGGCCGAUAAUACAAAGAAAUGAGCAGUUAGGCUUGCCUCGAGUUCUUGGAAUCAUGGAUGGCUUCUUUGUUAGACUGUCUUACCUUCCUCAUGACCGUGAGAGACAGGCUCACUUCUGCAGAAAAGGAUUUCUUGCAAUAAACAACCAGAUAAUUUGUGAUGCAGACCUGAGAAUUCUAAAUGUGGACGCUCGCUUCCAAGGCAGUGUCACUGACCGACAAAUUUGGGAGGCUUCAACUGCUCGGGAAGUUGUUGAGCAAGCGUAUUGGGAGGAUCGUUGCUGGUUGUUAGGGGAUUCAGGCUACCACACAGCACCUUGGUUGCAUGUACCAUUACCUCAUGCUCCGCCUGGGACUCCUGAAUUUCGCUACACGAGACUUCACUGCCGCUGCAGAAACUGUGUUGAACGAUGCAUCGGAGUCUUGAAAGGCAGAUGGAGGGUGCUCAGCAUUGACCGUUGCAUCAACUACAGGGAUGCAGGUUAUGCUGGACAAAUUGUUAAUGCUUGUUGUGUGCUGCACAACUUCUGCAUUGACAGGCGAAUUCCAAACCCGCCUCCUUUGUAUGAAAAUGACAUUUACAUAGACAAUGAGCCCCCCAACGUACUUCCAGAUAAAUGUGUUGAAACAGUCUUUUUGGCAAUUCUUAAAAUUAGUGCCCCUAAAUUUCACAGUUGCUUCCAUGGUAAAGAACAACCCUCGCCCACACUCGACCCCGUUGGUGCUAGACGUCAUUGCCCAAAACUAGAAGAAACUGAAUAA